UCAUUGACGUUGGUUGACGUGCUAUCGGCUUUACAAUUAUUUUUUUAUAAAUAAAUGAUAAAUAUAAUUGUUUUCUCUUGGUUAUAACCAAGUAAGUUGCGGUAAUAAUGGCUAACUGUGGUGAUUUUAUUAAAAGUCAGUUUCCAUUGAUGGAUGAAGAGUUGAAAAAAUAUGUUGAAGACAUAUUGGACAACAGUGCUGGUGAAUUUGAGGAUACGGAAGAAGUUUAUGAAGCAGUAGGAGAAGUUUUACAAGGAAUUUCAGAAAAGUCAGAAGAAGAUAUCAGAGAAAUAUGUGAGCAACUAUUGGGUAUGCUUCAACCUGAAAAGACAAAUAAUGCUAAUGGACCAAGAAAAAUAUUAAAUCAGCCCAUUCACAUGGCAUCAAUGACAACUAAUGUGACAGAAACAGAUGAUGUGAAAAGUAUUUGGUUACCAACAAGGGAUGAAGCCUUGAAAGUUGAUGCUAAAAAAUUGGAGAAAGCUGAAGCAAAAUUGCAACAAAAACAACAAAAGCAGAAGGACUCUAAACUUCCCGUUGCAGCACCAGUGCUACAAACUGCGACAGCGUCACAAGUUACGUCAAAGAAAGACAGUAAACUUGAAGCUAAAGGCACUAACAGAACUCAGGAUAUAAGGAUAGAAAACUUCGAUAUUGCAUAUGGCGACAGAGUGUUAUUACAAGGAGCAGAUCUGGUUCUUGCAUUCGGAAGACGUUAUGGCUUAGUGGGGCGUAACGGUUUAGGCAAAACUACAUUACUUCGCAUGAUAUCCAGCAAGCAAUUAAAAAUACCUUCACACAUUUCCAUACUACAUGUAGAACAAGAAGUUGUUGGUGAUGAAACUAUAGCUCUGCAGAGUGUUCUAGAAUGUGAUACUGUUAGAGAGAAUUUGUUGAGGAGAGAGAAAGAGAUCACAGCUGCUAUUAAUAAUGGAUCAACGGACACAUACCUUUCAACAGAGUUAAGUGAAGUAUAUGCACAAUUAGAAAAUAUAGAAGCAGACAAAGCUCCGGCGCGGGCUUCGAUAAUUCUCAGUGGUUUAGGGUUCACUCCAGAAAUGCAGAGCCGUGCCACAAAAACAUUUUCUGGAGGUUGGAGAAUGAGAUUGGCUUUGGCAAGAGCUUUGUUUUCGAAACCUGACCUCCUGUUACUCGAUGAGCCCACAAACAUGUUGGACAUAAAAGCGAUCAUCUGGUUAGAAAAUUAUCUGCAAAACUGGCCGACGACCUUACUUGUUGUUUCUCACGACAGGAACUUUUUGGAUACUGUACCUACAGAUAUAAUGCAUUUACAUACUCAAAGGAUUGACACAUACAGGGGAAACUAUGACCAGUUCCACAAGACGAAGACAGAGAAGCAUAAGAACCAGCAGCGCGAGUACGAGGCGCAGCAGCAGCACCGCGCGCACACGCAGGAGUUCAUCGACCGCUUCCGCUACAACGCCAACCGCGCCUCCUCCGUGCAGAGCAAGAUCAAGAUGCUCGAGAAACUACCAGAGUUGAAACCAGUAGAGAAAGAAAUAGAUGUCGUGCUACGGUUUCCUGAGACUGAACCGCUCUCUCCCCCGAUAUUACAACUGAAUGAAGUUGGAUUCUACUAUUCCAAAGACAGAGUCAUAUUCUCAAAUGUCAAUCUUGGAGCUACCCUGGAGUCUAGGAUAUGUAUUGUCGGUGACAACGGCGCCGGUAAAACGACAUUGUUGAAGAUCAUCAUGGGUAUAUUGUCGCCCACUAACGGCAUCCGCAACGUGCAUCGCGGGCUGAAGUUCGGAUACUUCUCCCAGCAUCACGUCGAUCAGCUGGAAAUGAAUGUUAACUCCGUUGAGUUGCUACAGAGGAGCUAUCCAGGGAAAACCAUAGAAGAGUACAGAAGACAGUUGGGCAGUUUCGGUGUCAGUGGCGAUCUCGCACUACAGACCAUCGCCAGUCUGUCUGGAGGUCAGAAGUCGAGGGUAGCAUUUGCGACGAUGUGUAUGGGCAACCCCAACUUCCUGGUAUUGGACGAGCCGACUAAUCACUUGGAUAUCGAGACGAUAGAAGCUUUAGGGAAGGCGAUCAAUAAGUAUACUGGUGGAGUGAUCCUCGUCUCCCACGACGAGAGGUUAAUACGAAUGGUCUGCAAGGAGCUGUGGGUGUGCGGGGGCGGCUCCGUGGCCAGCAUCGAGGGCGGCUUCGACGAGUACCGCAAGAUCGUCGAGAGGGAACUCGAAGCACAGAACAAAUAGAUGAAUUCCACAAUCUGUGACUGCUAAUGUAUAAAGUACCACUAAAUUAUAAUUAUGUAUUAUAUGCGUCGUGUUGUCAUUAUUUAAAUUAAUUCGUUUAUAGCCGUCGAGUAAAGGACGAAUGAAAAACUGAUAAUAUUUAA